CCAUGCAACACUACCGCGGCGCUGCAGACUGUCUGCUGCACGGUGAACCACACGGGGACCAGCAGGGAGCUGAUCCAUACUGGGGCGGAGGAGUUGCGCUUUCAGCUCUCAACACGUUCACGCAUUCGUGGAUCCGGACUUAAAGUCAAGAAGUUGUGCUUUUAAAUUCCAGGCCUCCUGACCCAUUCGUUGAUUGGGCAUUAAUGCCGUUUUACCUCCGCAAAUUAGCAGGACACUCCUUUGGAAGCCUUUUGGGGUUGAAGGCAGACGGUGCGCUAUGUUGGACAUGUGUUGUCUUUUACUACCCAAGUAGUGUAUGUUUGCGGACAGACGCUGGCCAGAGGAGAUAGGACCUACUGCGCUCCACCUUGGAAAAUAGCGACCCAAUGUCGAUGCCGCUGCGUAACGCUGCGUCUCAGAGGGAAGGACACGAGGAGAGGACACGAGAAGACGAGGAUAGGGCGCGAGGAGGAGCGCACCGACGCAUCCGCGGAGCGCGCCGCAAGUGACACAGGAGUGGUCCUACCUGGUGCAAAUCCUGUAGCAAGCCAUCAGAGGAGUAAAGACUGUGGUGUGCGUCCGGAAAAGAUGACCAGUGAAGGUCUCCAGUUUUGGAUAGUUGUCCUGGCUUUGGGGUCAGUGGCAGUCCAUGGAUACCCGUCCAAGAUCAACGUCAAGGAGAGGGUCGAUGCGUCAGCCGCUCAGGUAGCGUUGGGGAGCAGCGGGGGAGACCGGCAGCCCACUCUGGAGGAGCUCCAGGGGGAGAACCUGCUCCAGACCCUCCCCCCUGCCUCCUCUUCCAUGGAGGGGCGCUGGUCCAAGCACCGCCUCCAGGGCCUCCUGCCACAGCCAGCACCAGAGGAGGAGCCUCAGCCUUUCAUCCUGGACCUGAGGAACUUCCCCGACCUGGCCAACGCAGACCUGGGCGCCCAGAAUCCUAACAUCCAGGUGACCAUCGAGGUGGUGGACGGGCCCCAGAGGGAGGCGGAGGUGGAGAUGGAGAUGGACCUGGUGAAGGACGGCCAGCGCAACGACUGGUCCGCCUCCUCGGAGAUGCCCGAGGGCCACCGGAAGCUCUUCUGGCCCCUGUUCUGGGAGUACCCGGACCCCGUGGAGGAGGGGGCAACCGGGCCGGCUGCCGAGCCCGCCGGCCAGGACUACGGCCAAGACCCCGAGGAGCCCGCCCUCAGCGGGGUGGGGGGAGACUGGGGGUCUCGCUGGAACAAGGGCUGGGACAUCAAAGAUAACUCUGAGUACGAGGAGGAGUGGAGCCACUGGGCCCCCUGCAGUGUCUCCUGUGGCCAGGGCACCCAGAAGCGCCUGCGUUCCUGCGGCUACGCGUGUACGGCCACCGAGUCCCGGACCUGUGACCUGGACGGCUGCCCCGAUGACAUGGAUGCGGUGAGCUCUCCUACUCCACCCCAGACCACCAACAGCACGGAUGCCCUUGACACAAACGUGGACAGCUGCGAGAAGUGGCUGAGCUGCAAGAACGACUUCCUCCGUCAGUACCUGCACCAGGUGCUGACGGAGCUGCCCAGCUGCCCGUGCGCCUACCCCUCGGAGGCGGUGUACAGCGCCGUGCACCUGGCCGACCCGCGGCUCCGCCACACCUACCGCUGGAGGGACGCCAGCGGGCCCAAGGAGCGGCUGGACAUCUACAAGCCCUCGGCUCGCUUCUGCCUGCGCUCCAUGCUCUCCUACGACAGCACCACGCUGGCCGCGCAGCACUGUUGCUACGACGACCAGAUGAGGCUGAUCACGCGCGGGAAGGGCGCCGGCGCGCCCAACCUCAUCAGCACCGAGUUCUCCCCGGAGCUGCACCACAAGGUGGACGUGCUGCCCUGGAUCCUGUGCAAGGGCGACUGGAGCCUGUUCCACUCGGUGCGGCCACCCAACAACGGGCUGGCCUGCACCCACAACCCCGGGGAUGAGGUGUACCGGGACGAGCUGCGGGAGGCCCGCGAGUACUGAGGACCUGAGGACGGGG